AUGGGGGGGCGCCUCCAGGGCAGCUGCUGCCUCCUGCCCCCACCCGCCCGGUCUCGGUCCGGCUGUGUCCAGGCCGACUCCUGGGCUGUACCACCUCGAGACCGUGACCCUGGGCAGAAACAGGGCUCAGCCCGCACCCACCGAGACCCCGACCCCGGGCGGGAACAGGGCGCAGCCCGCACCCACCAAGACCCCGACCCGGGCGGGAACAGGGCGCAGCCCGCACCCACCGAGACCCCGGGCUCAGCCCGCACCCACCGAGACCCCGACCCCGGGCGGGAACAGGGCGCAGCCCGCACCCACCGAGACCCCGACCCCGGGCGGGAACAGGGCGCAGCCCGCACCCACCGAGACCCCGACCCCGGGCGGGAACAGGGCGCAGCCCGCACCCACCGAGACCCCGACCCCGGGCGGGAACAGGGCGCAGCCCGCACCCACCGAGACCCCGACCCUGGGCAGAAACAGGGCUCAGCCCGCACCCACAGAGACCCCGACCCCGGGCGGGAACAGGGCGCAGCCCGCACCCACCGAGACCCCGACCCCGGGCGGGAACAGGGCGCAGCCCGCACCCACAGAGACCCCGACCCCGGGCGGGAACAGGGCGCACCCUGCACCCACCGAGACCCCGGCCCCGGGCGGGAACAGGGCGCAGCCCGCACCCACCCAGACCCCGACCCCGGGCGGGAACAGGGCGCAGCCCGCACCCACCGAGACCCCGGCCCCGGGCGGGAACAGGGCGCAGCCCGCACCCACCGAGACCCCGGCCCCGGGCGGGAACAGGGCUCAGCCCACACCCACCGAGACCCCGGCCCCGGGCGGGAACAGGGCGCAGCCCGCACCCACCGAGACCCCAGCCCCGGGCCAGCCGGGGUCGAGCCCGCACCCACCGAGACCCCGGCCCCGGGCCAGCCGGGGUCGAGCCCGGGGCGGCAGCUGUCUCCCCGCACAGCCUCGGCCGGGGGCGCCUGCCCGCCGCCCCCCUAG